AUGUACUGCAACCUAAUGACGCGAUCAAAUGAUCUAUGGAUCCAUGGAUGUUUAAAGGUUACCAUCCACCUGUUUGCCCGCAACAUCGACAUCGACAUCGACAUCAGCACCCUAGAUGGCUGCAAGGACCUGGACACCUCCUUGGGUACCGUGGCGGCUCGAUACUCCGAUGGCCGCAUCCCGCACCUUUUUUGCGGUAUCCGACGAGAUAUGUGCCUAAACUUUUGA